AGGACAAAAAAAAAAAAAAAUGAUUUUCCUUUAUCUUCAUAAGAAAUGGUCCUAAUUUAAACAACCAAACACUGGUGGAGUUUGCUGUAUAUCUGCCAAUGAAUGUUUAGAUCAAUUGAAGAGACCCAUUAUUUUUUUUUUUCUUCAUUGUAUAGGUACGGUAUCCGCCCUGAAAAUGUGAUCAUAUAUGGCCAGAGUAUAGGAACAGUACCAUCUGUGGACCUCGCUGCACAGUAUGAGAGUGCAGCUGUCAUUCUGCAUUCUCCCCUGACCUCUGGAAUGCGGGUAGCUUUUCCAGAUACAAGGAAGACGUAUUGUUUUGAUGCGUUUCCAAACAUUGACAAAAUUUCUAAGAUUACCUCUCCAGUGUUGAUUAUCCACGGAACAGAAGAUGAAGUCAUAGAUUUUUCACACGGACUAGCACUAUAUGACCGCUGUCAAAGACCAGUGGAGCCAUUAUGGGUGGAAGGAGCUGGCCAUAAUGACGUGGAGCUUUAUGGACAGUACCUUGAAAGAUUAAAACAGUUUGUUGCACAUGAGCUGGUGAAUUUGUAAAAAAAAAAAAAAAAAAAAACAAAAAAACU